GCCUUUCAAGACGAAAUGGAGAGACUACUAGAGGAAAAUGAGGAUCUCAAGUGUGAGAUUGAAGAGAUGAGGACUGAGAUGGAUGAGAUGCGUGACACAUUCUACGAAGAGGACACCUGCCAGCUGCAGGAAAUGAGGCGCGAGCUCGAGCGAGCCAAUAAGAACUGCCGGAUCCUGCAGUACCGGCUGCGGAAGGCUGAGAGGAAGAGGCUGCGCUACGCCCAAACGGGAGAGAUCGAUGAGGAGUUACUAAGGAGUCUGGAGCAGGACCUGAAGGUAGCCAAGGACGUGUCUGUGCGGCUGCACCAUGAGCUGGAGAACGUAGAGGAGAAACGCACAAAGACAGAGGAUGAGAAUGAAAAACUGAGACAGAAACUGAUAGAGGUGGAGGUUACGAAACAAGCCCUGCAGAACGAACUAGACAAAUCCAAAGAGUCUCAAAAGAGAAGAGGAAGCAAGGACAUUCAGAAGACAGACAAGAAAGCCGCACAGACCCCUACGGAGGAAGACAACGAGGACCUCAAGUGUCAGCUAGCCUUCAUCAAAGAGGAAGCAGUCCUCAUGAGGAAGAAAACAGCCAAGAUUGACAAGGAGAAGGACCGCUUGGAGCAGGAGCUGCAGAAGUACCGCUCCUUCUACGGCGAUCUGGACAGCCCCCAUCCCAAAGGAGAGGCAGGGGGACCACCCACCACCCGCGAGUCAGAGCUGAAGCUACGCCUUCGGCUUGUGGAGGAGGAGGCAAACAUCUUAGGGAGGAAGAUUGUUGAACUAGAGGUUGAGAACCGUGGCUUGAGGGCUGAGUUAGAUGACCUCCGUGGUGAAGGGGAGGGAGCAGGAAGCUCUGGGAGUGGAGUGACGGGUGGGCCUGGUGCCGGGCGAGGCCUGGGGGAGGAUCUGACAGAGCUCCGACAGCAACUGCAGCUGGUGGAGGACGAGGCUGAGCUUCUUAGGAGGAACCUUGCUGAUGCUGAGGACCAAAACAAGAGGGUGACAACUGAACUCAACAAGCUGCGUUUUAAAGCCGGCACCCAUGAGGGAAGUGCCAGGCAUGGAGGAGCCAUGGGAGGUGCAGGGAUUGAUGGCGCAAAGGCGGAGGCCCUGCAGGAGGAGCUGAAGGCAGCAAGGCUACAAAUUAAUGACUUGAGUGGCAAGGUAAUGCAGCUGCAGUAUGAGAACCGUGUGCUGCUCUCCAACAUGCAACGCUAUGACCUGGCCUCCCAUCUCUCCCUGAGGCCCAGCCCCCGGGACAGCGAUGCCGAAAGUGAUGCCGGUGGUGUGACGAGCGGUCGGCGUGAGAGUGACGAUGACUCCACCUCCUCUCGCCUGCUGCCACCACACCGCAAGCGUGAAGGCCCUGUAGGCGGCGAGAGUGACUCCGAUGAGGUCAGAAACAACAAUGGUGGCAGCCGCUGCCUUACACCAACUCGUGGCCUCUACACCCCAACAGGACCCGAGGGCGCCACCUCCUCCUCUUCCUCUGCCUGUGCAGCCAUGGCCCGCUUCCUUCCCGGUGGCCGAUGCAACCUGCAUGAAAGACAGCAGAUGAUUGAUAUCCGUAUUGAGGCAGAGAGGCUUGUCCGGACCAUCGACCGUCUCAUCGCUGAUACAGCUACCAUCAUAUCUGAGGCCCGGGUCUACGUUUCUAAUGGUGACCUGAUGUUCAGUCGAGGAGUGGAGGAGGGGGGAGAGGAGGAAGGAGGCAGGAUCAGGGAACAUGAGCUGCUCUAUCGCAUUAACGCCCAAAUGAAGGCCUUCCGUAAAGAACUGCAGGCCUUCAUAGACAGGCUAGAGGUGCACAAGCUUGAGGACAGGGAGGCAGAGGAGCCGCUGUCGAUGUUCCAGCCUAUCAUCUUACUCAUCCUCAUCCUCGUGUUAUUCUCAUCCCUUUCCUAUGCCACCAUCUUUAAACUUGUCUUUCUUUUCACACUCUUCUUUGUUCUGUAA